CGAACUGAUUCCAGGUCGGUUUGCUGAUCCCGCUCAUAGCGUGGCAACCUUAGAACUCGUAACUCAUGACUGAAGCUCGGUCAGCUUAAUGUAUUGUCCUCAGUUCGCCGUCUGAAGAAUGAAUCAUGGGACAACGUUACUGUGGAAACAACGAGCCCUGUCCAGUUUGAGUGCAACGCGGCGUGGACUCCCGCAAGAGAAAAUGUCCGAAAAUGGAAUGAUGUCCCGGGCCAAGGUGUUGACCAUUGACAACAUGAACCCGACGGUGAAGAAAGUGGAGUAUGCCGUGCGGGGGCCCAUUGUGCAGCGGGCGCUGGAGCUGGAAAGAGAGCUCUCCGAGGGCAUGAAGAAACCUUUCGCUGAAGUUAUCAAGGCAAACAUCGGUGAUGCACACGCCAUGGGACAGCAGCCAAUAACCUUCUUCCGACAGGUCUUGGCUUUGUGCUCCUACCCUGAGCUAUUGAAUGACAACACUUUCCCUGAGGAUGCUAAAAGUAGAGCACACCGCAUUUUACAGUCCUGCGGUGGGAACAGUAUGGGCUCCUACAGUGCCAGUCAAGGCAUUGAAUCGGUUCGUAAGGAUGUGGCUCUGUACAUUGAGAGAAGGGAUGGGGGCAUGCCCUGUGACCCUGACAACAUCUACCUCACUACAGGGGCCAGCGACGGCAUUGUGACCAUGCUGAAGCUGCUGGUGUGUGGUGAAGGUGCCAGCCGUACUGGCAUCAUGAUCUCCAUACCACAGUAUCCCCUGUAUUCAGCUGCACUGGCUGAACUCGGUGCUGUGCAGAUCAACUACUAUUUGAAUGAAGAAAACUGCUGGAGUAUGGACAUAAAUGAACUGCAGCGCGCCCUGAAUGAAGCUAGGGAGUACUGCAACCCAAGAGCCCUGUGCAUCAUCAACCCUGGAAACCCCACAGGUCAGGUCCAGAGCAGACAGUGUAUUGAAGAUGUGAUACGGUUUGCAGCAAAGGAGCGUCUGUUUCUCAUGGCUGAUGAAGUGUACCAGGAUAAUGUGUAUGCAGAUGGUUGUGAGUUCCACUCUUUUAAGAAGGUUCUGUUUGAGAUGGGACCAGAGUACUCCAAAUCUGUGGAACUGGCAUCCUUCCACUCCACCUCCAAAUGCUACAUGGGAGAAUGUGGCUUCCGCGGAGGCUACAUGGAGAUCAUCAACAUGGACGAUGAAGUGAAGGUCCAGCUGACCAAACUGGUGUCGGUCCGUCUGUGUCCUCCUGUUCCUGGCCAGGCUCUGAUGGACCUGGUGGUCAAUCCUCCACAGCCUGGAGAGCCUUCGUAUGACAGCUUCCUCAAGGAGCGCACAGCCACUUUAAAUGCUUUGGCAGAGAAGGCCAAACUCACAGAGCAGGUUCUCAACACUGUGCAAGGCAUCAGCUGUAAUCCUGUACAGGGGGCCAUGUACUCCUUCCCCCGCAUUAUCAUCCCAGAAAAGGCCAUCAAAGAGGCCAUGGCACUUGGUCAGCAGCCGGAUAUGUUUUACUGCAUGAAGAUGCUGGAAGAGACUGGAAUCUGUCUGGUACCUGGAAGCGGCUUUGGUCAGAAGGAUGGCACAUAUCACUUCAGGUACAGUGCAUAGUAAUAUAGAUAAAUAAUUAAUCCAUCGCCAAA